GAGGCGUUGACAAGCAGACAGAAGUGUUGUGGUGGAAAUUUGCCUUUUACUCACGACAGCAGCCUUUCUGUCCCCGUUUAUCUGUAUUUCCGUGGAUUUCCCGCCUACAGGAGCGGACUAGAGCUGGGAGAGAGGCUCGGAGGAUCAGAGCGGAGCGCAGUUUAUGGGCGAGGAGACUCCAGACCAACAGGAUGAGCUCUAAAGGAGGCGGAACGGCGUUGACUCGCCGUAACUACAGGCUGUCAUCAGACACAGACAAACCCAAAGCCACAGGUAUCGUCAAUGAGAAGCUCCUGAGCGACUACCUGCACCAGGUGUUUCCUCCAAACAAACAGGGACCUGCUGUGGCCUCCCUCAGGAAGCCUCUGGGUUUCCAGGAUCUCGGUGCUCACCUGGAGAGACUUCUAUCUGAGGGAGAACCUGCAGAGGAGAGCAGAGAUCAGCCCGUUGAAGGUCGUCUCGGCCCUCAGCCCGUCGUCUUGGAUCACACCAGCGGCUUCGAAGGACUUCUGUUUGUGGAUGACGACCUGCUGGGGGUGAUCGGACACAGCAACUUCAGCUCCAUCAGAGCCACCACGUGUGUUUAUAAAGGGAAAUGGGCGUAUGAGGUCCUGAUCUCCUCUCAGGGUCUGAUGCAGAUUGGAUGGUGUACUCUGAACUGUCGCUUCAACCAGGAGGAGGGCGUUGGCGACACUCCGGACUCGUACGCUUACGAUGGAAACAGAGUGAGGAAGUGGAAUGUGACCACCACAAACUAUGGAAAGUCGUGGGCGGCGGGAGACAUCGUCAGCUGUCUGAUUGACCUCGAUGAGGGGACCAUCACUUUCUGCCUGAACGGUCAGUGUCUUGGCGUUGCCUUCACCAACAUAAAGACGGGUCCCGGCGUGGCGUACUUUCCCGCCAUCAGCCUGUCCUUCAAAGAGUCAGUGGCGUUUAACUUUGGCAGCAGACCUCUCAGAUACCCUGUGGAUGGCUACCUGCCGCUCCAGAACCCUCCGACCGUGGACCUGAUGAAGGCUCAGAAACUGCUGGGAUACAUCAAGAACGUUCUCUCCACCUCCAUUGAUACACAGGAGGAGAGGCUGGUGGAGAAGGACUGCUCACUGUGGAGACUUCACGGAGAUCCCACGGUUCUGGUCACUCUGGCUCACAUCUUUAAUCACUUCGCUCCACUCAUGUGCAAAGUGUACCUGGUGGAGGACGUGCUGAUGAACUUCCUGUUGGGGAUUCUUGAAGGAGGAGGUUCAGUGGAUGAACACCCGCUCAUACAGCAGCUCCUCGACCUCUUCUGGCUGCUGAUGGAGGACCAUGAAGUGAACGAGUGUCUGAAACAGCUGAUGAUGUCUCUGCUGAGAGCUUAUCGAUUCUCACCGAUCAUCCCAGACCUGGGCUUCCAGAUCCACUACCUGCGUCUGACCACCGCCAUCCUGCAUCAUGAGAAGUCCAGGAAAUACCUGCUCAACAACGUCCUCUUCGAUGUUCUGCGGUCAGUCGUGUUUUUUUACAUCAAGACCCCUCUGAGAGUGAAGGAGGCGGGGCUGGAGGAGCUCAUCCCGACCACCUGGUGGCCGACGCACUUCGACAAAGAGGGUAAAGACGAGCGGGAGCCUAAAGAUGAAAGUGCAGACGAGCGUCUGAGGCGGCGAGCGUACGAGAGAGGCUGUCAGAGACUGAAAAAGAGGAUCGAAGUGGUGGAGGAGUUGCAGGUCCAGAUCCUGAAGCUGCUGCUGAAUAACAAAGACAAAACCACGGGUGACGCUUCCCGCUACAUCUUCCUGAAUAAGUUUAGGAAGUUUCUGCAAGAAAACGCCAGCAACAGAGGGCAUCCUACCGCCCUGUGCCCUCCAGAGUACAUGGUGUGUUUCCUCCAUCGCCUCAUCACGGCGGUCAGAGCCUGCUGGGACGACAGCAAUAAGACGAGUCCGGGCAGCAUCGGCAGUGAAGAGGCUUACGUCCCUCCUCAACUCUUCUACAACGGGAAGGUGGACUACUUCGACCUGCAGAGACUCGGAGGGCUACUGUCCCACCUGAAGAAGACCCUCAAAGAUGACUUGGCCAGUAAAGCCAACAUCGUCAUCGACCCUGCAGAGAUUCAGGCCACGUCGAUGGACGACCUGGACGAGGACGAGGAGAGUGGAGCGACACAGAGGCCGUUUGGCGCAGCAGCAAUGGGCGGAGCUUUGGCGAGGCCGAGCUGGUUGAGUUCUCCCACUCUGGGUCGCGCCAACCGUUUCCUGAGCACGGCCGCCGUCAGCCUGAUGACGCCCAGACGACCCCUCACUCAGCCGGAGAAGGUGAAAGUACGCACGCUGGCGGUGGAGCAGAGGACGGAGGAGGACAUCGAGGGAAGCCACGGUAACGACGGCCUGCUCCUGGGACGACCAGUGGAGGAGCCCGAUCAGCCAAUCUCAGACAAGUCUCUGCUGGAGAUCGUUGAUGGGAUCGUGAUGAUGUACAACCUGAGCGUCCAUCAGCAGCUGGGGAAGAUGGUCGUGGUUUCAGACGACGUCCACGAGUACGCCGUGGCUCUGAAGGACACUGAGGAGAAGAUCGCUCGAUGCCCCACCAGGAGAGCCGACAUCCUGGAGGAGCUGCAGAAGAGUCAGAAGGUUUUUGCAGAGAAGCUGAACCACCUGAGCCGGAGACUGGCCUGGAUCAACGCCACCAUCUACUCCAAGGACAAGAUGCUGGACGUCUACUGGCUGCUUUGUGUUUGUAUCCGAACCAUCGAACACGCUGACAACACGGGCUCGCUGUUUGCCUUCGCGCCAGAGUUCUACCUCAAUGUGGCCAUGAACGCCUACAGCGCCCUCAAGAACUACUUCAGCCCAGCCAACAGCAUGGACGAACUGCCAGGCUACGAGGAAACCUUGACCCAGCUGGCCGCCAUCCUGGCCAAACAUUUCGCUGAUCCACGCAUAGUUGGGACAGAUAUCAAAGACUCUCUGAUGCAGGCCCUGGCCAGCUAUGUCUGUUACCCACAAUCCCUCAGGGCAGUGGAGAGGAUCCCAGAGGAACAACGUGUGGCCAUGAUGAGGAACCUGCUGGCUCCGUACGAACAGAGACCGUGGGCUCAGACCAACUGGAUCCUGGUCAGACUGUGGAGGGGUUGUGGUUUCGGCUACCGCUACACUCGUCUUCCUCACCUCCUGAAGACCAAACCGGAGGAUGCCAACCUGCCCAGUCUGCAGAAGCCGUGCCCGUCGUUGCUGCUGCAGAGACACAUGGCGGAGCUUCUCAGCAUGGACAAAGACAUGGCUGCCUCCUUCCUCAACAGCGUCCUGAACCAGCUCAACUGGGCCUUCUCUGAGUUCAUCGGCAUGAUCCAAGAGAUCCAACAGGCUGCAGAGCGUCCAGAGAGAAACUUCGUGGACACUCGUCAACUAAAGGUGUGUGCGACGUGCUUCGACCUGUCGGUCAGUCUGCUGCGGGUCCUGGAGAUGACGGUCACUCUGGUCCCUGAGAUCUUCCUGGACUGGUCCCGUCCCUCUGCAGAGCUGCUCCUCAGACGACUUGCUCAGCUGCUGAACCAGGUGUUGAACAGAGUCACCGCUGAGAAGAACCUGUUUGAUCGAGUCGUCAACCUCAGACUGCCAGGUCUGGAGAGCGUCGAUCAUUACCCCAUCCUCGUAGCUGUUACCGGGAUUUUGGUUCGAAUCCUGGUGGAUGGAGACAGACAAGGGGUUUCCCGGGCUGCUUCCGUCCUUCUCUCCGACCCCUGCUUCCAGCUCCACUCCAUCCAGCACCUGUUAGGAGAGGGCGGGGACUCGUCCAGCUCUUCGGCCGUUGUCACCACCACCGCUCGUCCGGUCAUCGGUUCGUUCGGGUCGACCGUAGCCUCACCUAUCCCGUCAGCGGCUGGAAACCAGGGAUCUACAGAACGCAAACACUUCUCCCUGCACGCAUACACCGACUACAUCAGCGAGGAGGAGAAGCAGAAGGUGGAGCUGAUGUUGGCGUUUCUCACUGAGGAGUCCAAACAGGCUGCAGCGAGCACAGCUCCGACGAGUGAAGAGGACCUGUGUCCGAUCUGCUACGCUCACUCCAUCUCCGCCAUCUUCAAACCGUGCUCCCACAAGUCCUGCAAAGCCUGCAUCAACCAGCAUCUGAUGAACAACAAGGACUGUUUCUUCUGCAAAGCUACCAUCACCGGGGUGGAGGACUACAGCAAGCCCGCCUCCUCCUAACAGACACAAAUAUAUGGACACACAACCACACACAAUGACAUAGAGAGACACACAACACACGACACAGAGAGACACAGAGAGACACGUUAGCUGUAAAGAUGAGCGAAAAACACAGAUUCACCCGUCUGAACCGUCAUUCUCAAACAUGACCACAUAUCAGUGAACCCAAAGAUUCUCACACUAUUUUGUCUGUGUGUGUGUGUGUGAGUGUGUUAGUGUAUAUUUCAGCAGUAACCCACACAUUCAUCCUUCUCUAACAGAAAAUGAGCAGACACCAUGUUCUUUCUUUUAUUAAAGGUCACAUAUUUUAUCCUUUAAGACAAGUUUAUAUCGGUCUCAGAGGUCCCCACAACAUGCCUGUGAAGUUUGUUGCAGUAAAAACCCUCCAGUAUUGAUUUCUG